CUUUUAGACGGGGAUUGAAGAGGGCAGCUCAUUUGCUUGACUGAGGUCCUGACCCUCUAGUGUCAUUGGCGAGUGACCGAACAUGUCACACAGCAGGUUGUUUGCCAGGCUGCUUUUGCAGCAAAGUGGUGUCAGACACUGCUAUACGGGAACAAGACCGAAACUCUUCAUCAGCAAGGAUACCAAGGUCAUCUGUCAGGGCUUCACAGGAAAGCAGGGGACAUUUCACAGUCAACAGUCCCUGGACUAUGGAUCCCAGUUAGUUGGAGGCGUGUCCCCUGGCAAGGGGGGUAAGACUCAUCUCGGCCUGCCUGUGUUCAACUCUGUCAAGGAGGCGAAGGAAGGCACGGGGGCCGACGCCACGGUGAUUUAUGUGCCCCCGCCCUUUGCGGCAGCCGCCAUCAUAGAGGCCAUCGACGCGGAGAUCCCCCUGGUGGUGUGCAUAACCGAGGGCAUCCCCCAGCAGGACAUGGUGAAAGUCAAGCAUAAGCUCCUACGCCAGGGUACCACUCGCCUCGUCGGCCCCAACUGCCCCGGAGUUAUUAACCCUGGUGAAUGCAAGAUUGGCAUCAUGCCUGGACACAUUCACAAAAAGGGAAGGAUUGGCAUCGUGUCGAGAUCUGGAACGCUGACUUACGAGGCCGUGCACCAAACCACGCAAGUGGGCCUCGGCCAGUCCCUCUGUGUUGGCAUCGGCGGGGAUCCCUUCAACGGUACAAACUUCAUCGAUUGCCUGGAGGUGUUCCUGCAGGAUCCCAAGACGGAGGGCAUCAUCCUGAUCGGGGAGAUCGGAGGCAACGCGGAGGAGAACGCGGCGGAGUACCUAAAACAGCACAACACAGGUGCUAACGCGAAGCCUGUGGUGUCCUUCAUCGCGGGGCUAACUGCGCCUCCCGGGCGAAGGAUGGGUCACGCAGGUGCCAUCAUUGCCGGAGGAAAAGGAGGCGCCAAAGAGAAAAUUGCAGCUCUGCAGUCAGCCAGAGUGGUCGUCAGCAUGUCCCCCGCCCAGCUCGGCAGCACUAUGUUCAAGGAGUUUGAGAAGAGGAAGAUGUUGUGAGCCGUGUGAGAAACAAACCCGGGCCCGGUUCUGGAAGAGGACGUGGCCCCAUUCUUUCUCCAACCCUGAUCGUCUCGCGUUCACCUCCUAUUUCUCGCACAUUGAUGGAAUAAUAAAGUGUCUUGCUGGCGUGUCGUCGGGAGCUCCUUUCCCCCUCACUUAAUACCGGAUGCCGUAUCCGUGUCGGCAUGGCAACCGUUGCUGUUGUGUUUCUUAUACACCUUGUAAGAUGUAUCCCGUCGCUCAUGUCUGAAUAAGAAAUAUUCAACAUAA